AUGGCUGCUUCCGACACGAGAAGCUGCAUGAUGAUUGCCGGAGCCGCUGCCCAGAUCGUGUCGCAGAAACUAGAUAUCUUGCUCCCUCACCCGGCCUGCGUCGAGUGCUUCCCGAUGCAAGCCUGCGCGGAGGAUGCCAAGGCGAAGCUGGCCACGAUCCAAGACUUCAUUUCCACUCAAUAUGGACCGUCCAAAACCACGGAGUGGUUAGGGCGGCUCCUCCGAGCCAUGGACUAUGCUGAAGAAUUCAUCGACAAGUUCCACCUCAGAGAGGCCCGCGAGAGGCACGAGGCCCUGCGCAUGGCAGCAAGGCCGUUGGCCUCGCUAGUCUCCAAGUGCAAGCUGUGGAGGGACUUGUCCAUGCUUGUGAAUAUGAUGGAGGAGUUAUGUGAUGAGAAGUUCUUGAAGGAGGGGGCCGAGGGCAAGAGGAAAAAGGAACAUGCUAGUUCCUCCUCCCAUGCUAGUGUUCCUUGGCAAGGCAAAAAACUGGCGAGGCUGACUAGUUUCUGGGAUGGGCAAGUGCCAACUAACUUCUUAUGUCGCGAGGCUGAGAAAACGAAAAUAAUGAGUUGGAUAAAAGAAACAUCGGGGGAGACUGAAUGGACUUCGAUUUGGGGCGAGCAAGGCACUGGCAAGACGUUCCUUGCGAGAUGGGUCUACAGCCAAUCGAAGUACAUGGGCUAUGAGUGGCGCGCUUGGGUCCACGUCUCGGGCAGCUUGGACGAGCGGGAGAUCCUGUUUGAGAUACUGAAGCAAGUCGAGAAGCUAGCGAGGGACGAGAAAGACAUGGAUACCAUGGAGAUAAUGAUGAUGCUGCGCCAGAAAUUGACCGAGAAGAACAGAUUCCUCAUAGUGUUGGAUGACGUGCGGCCAUCCGACGAGCAAUUCGUGCUAGUGCUAGCGUUUAGCAUCCCCCUCUCCUCAAAGGGCCACAUAAUUACCAUAACUCAGGACAGUAAGAUAGCCAAGUUAACGGAUACAUCCAAGGCAGGGCCGAUCAGACUGGAAAACUUGGGCAAUGAAGAAAGCCAGAGGAUGCUUGCUUGGAAGUUGUAUGGAGUAUCCGAAGGUCAGAGACUCUCAGAGAAGGAGAAGGAUGUCCUAAACAAGUGUCGUGGCUUGCCACUCCGUAUAUCCUUACUCGGCGGGUUUAUGUCAAAUGCUGGUGAGCAAGAACACACGGCGUUGGCGGAAGAGGGUUUCAAGUUAGAUAUACUAAAAUUGAGUUGCCAUAAAUUGCCGGUCCAUCUAAAACCGUGCUUCAUCUACAUGGCUUUGUUCCCCGUAGCAAUCCCCAUUCCGACAAGAAGGCUAGUGAGGCUGUGGUUGGCCGAGGGCUUAUUGGAUUCGCAUUGUUACGACAGAGAAAGGAAAAGGCAGCCUGAGGACGUGGGAGAGACGUUCAUUCUGGAGCUCGCGAAUAGGAACGUGAUCGACGUAGUGAGCUGGAGGGCGGAUGGAUCCCCCAAAGCUUGCCAAAUGAUCACCUCCCUGUACGACAUGAUCCGCCCAAUUGCAAUGAGCCUGGGGUUCCUCCAUAUACAUGACACUAGCAAGUCGAAAGACAAGAAUGACCGUGAUCCAAACAGCCAGCAACAACAGCUGCUGGCCCAACUGCGAGAAAGAACCAAGAUUCGGUGGAUUGCGGAGCACACGAACAUAGUCAGACAUGGCCACAGCGGCAGCUACCCCGGUUUGAAUCUCAGCCAUGUCCGCUCGUUUCUGUCGUUCUACCUGAGGAGAGGCGUGCUCACCAAAGACAUCAGCACGUUUCUAGGGAAGAUGACGUCCGAGACUGACUAUAGCUUUCUAAGGGUGCUUGAUUUGGAGGGCGUGUAUAAGCCAUCCUUGCAAGGUGUGCUCCACAAGCUGGUGCUUCUAAGGUACCUAGGAUUGAGAUCCACGGUGUUGGACUCGAUCCCGAGUACCGUUGCAGAUCUGCAUCAUCUUGAGACUCUCGACAUAAAGAACACCAACAUCACUUCGCUGCCGAAUUCCUUGUGGAAGGCGAGGAACUUGAGGCACCUGAAUCUCAACUGGUUCUACAUCGACUUGAAGAAGAUCCUCAAGGCUUGUGGUGACAAUGUCAAUGCCUUGACUGAACUCCAAACCUUAAGCGGGCUGGUUAUCGGUGAAGUGAAGGAGAACCCGAUGACGGGUCACAUGAACUGCAUGACCACGCUCACCACGCUAAAGCUUUUCUUGCAGCACUCGGAUAACGACACCUCCGGCGCUGCAGGGAAAACAGUAGCCCAUUGGAUUAGCUUCAGGCUCACCAAUCUCCAGUCCUUGACCUUUGGGGUGAUCCAAGAAGCCAAGCCCGCGGAAGAAGCCCAAACCACGAAAGAAGCCAAGCUCACGAAAAAGGAGAUGAAAGUAGCCCAAGCAGAGGGAGAAGCCCAGCUCGCGGAAGAAGACAAAGUAGACCAACAACCCCCGGGAGAAGCCCAGCUCGCGGAAAAGGCCACGAAAGAAGCCACAAAAGUAUCCAAGCCCUCCAAAAAAGCCAAGCCCGUGACAUCGCAGGUAGGCCCGUUACCGGAACUGUUGUUGGCUGAACAACAUCACGAACUGUUGGAGCUCUACUUGCUGGGCCAACUCAACAAUCCCAGCUGGACACAGCUCUUGCCAGUGUCGCUCCGGGUUUUGACCCUGUCGGGUUCGAGGGUGAAGGCAGACAUGAUACCCCAGUUGGGUGGUCUCCUGAAACAACUGAGGACCUUCAGGCUCUUGGCCAAUUCCUUCCUAGGCACUAGUCUGAGGUUCGCCAAAGAUGGGUUUCCAAGCCUCGUGAUCUUGAAGAUUUGGAAGCUGCCUUGCCUUCAGGAGUUGAUUAUUGAAAAAGGGGCAAUGCUCCAUCUCAAAGAACUUGAGUUUAGGCACCUCGAUGCGAUAAAAAAUGUUGAAGGAAUCAACGAGUGUAAGGAAUUGGAGAAUAUUUGUUUGGUAGUCAAACAGGGUGCUCACGAUUUUGUUGACCAUCUCAGGGCCAGAAUAGGUCGAAUGAUGCAUAUGUACAAAAGAGAAGAUAUUGAAACGCUUGAACCUAAGGAUGAUGAUGAGGACGACAGGGACAAAAAAGGAGACAUUCUCUACCUUCACAUUUAA